AAUUAUAUAGUAACAUUUCUCCACGUAUUCAAAGAAGCAGCGAAACAAGACUCAAAUUAAAAAUUUAAUUAUUAAAUAUGUCAUAUACUGAGAAUUACAUACAAACUAAGCUAAUUGAAGGAUUAAACGCUUCACAUGUGGUAACUAGAUGUUAUUUCUGAAAAUAUUUCCUAAUCAAGAAUAUAUUUGAUAUAUAAAUUAUUGAAGUCUAUCAACAUAUAUAAUUAAAAAUGCAAGAAAAUGUGCCAAUUCUGUUAAUUUCAUUGUUUGCCCUUCUUUUGAGAUGGUGUAUUACAUAUCAUUCCUAUAGUGGUCAAGGAAAACCUCCGAUGUUUGGAGAUUAUGAAGCUCAACGACAUUGGCAAGAAAUAACUUUAAAUAUUCCAAUUGAAAAAUGGUACAUAAAUACAACAGACAAUGAUUUACAAUAUUGGGGAUUAGAUUAUCCACCAUUAACUGCCUAUCAUAGUUUUGCAAUGGGCUAUGUUGCUAAUAAACUUAAUUCUUCUUAUGUAAAAUUACAUGAAUCUAGAGGUUUUUCAUCUGAAGAUCAUAAAUAUUUUAUGAGGCUCAGUGUUCUUUGUAUAGAUAUUUUGAUAUAUAUACCAUCAGUGAUAUAUUUUAUAUUAACUAAAGAAGUACCAAAAAAUUUUGAAGAAGAAAAACUGUCUAUAUUUAAUUUAAAAAGAAAACAUAUUAAUCUUUUGAUAAUAUUGAUUUAUCCAGGUUUAAUAUUAAUAGAUCAUGGACAUUUUCAAUAUAAUUCUUUAUCAUUAGGAUUAUUUAUUAGUGCUAUUACAGCUAUGUUACAAAAUUCUUUUAUUAUUGGAUCAUUUCUAUUUGUUACAGCAUUAAAUUAUAAACAAAUGGAACUUUAUCAUGCAUUAUCAAUUUUUUGUUAUAUACUUGGAAAAUAUUCACCUAUAAAAAAACAAUUUUGGUUGUUUAACUUAAUAAUGUUAUUAUGUAUAGCUAUUACAGUAGUUUCUACAUUUUUUAUCAUAUGGUUACCUUUUAUUAAAGAUUGGGAAACAUUUAUAAAUGUUGUUUUUCGAUUAUUUCCAGUUUCUAGAGGCAUAUUUGAAGAUAAAGUUGCAAAUAUUUGGUGUACAAUCAAUGUGAUUUAUAAAUUACGUAAUACUUUUACAAAUAAAGAAUUAGCUAAAAUUUGUUUAAUACUAACUACAUUUUCAGUUUUACCAAGUUGUAUAAAUUUAUACUUAAAUCCACAAAAGGAAAGAUUUAUUAUUUCUCUUAUUAAUUGCGCAUUAGCAUUUUUUCUAUUUUCAUUUCAAGUUCAUGAAAAAUCAAUUUUGCUUGUUGCAAUUCCAGUUUUAUUAUAUUUUGAAAGCAAUCCAUUUCCUUGUUUCUGGUUCUUAAUAAUUUCACAUUUUAGCAUGCUACCUUUGUUUAUAAAAGAUGGUUUAUAUAUGGCAUAUUGUGUUACAUUAAUUUUUUAUUUCUUUAUUGUUUUUUGGACGCAUCCUAAUUUAUUUGAUAAUAAUGAAUUACUAAAUAAUGCUAAUUCGAAAAAAAAUGUAUGUAUUUUAACCAAUCAAAAACGAAUUAAAGCAAACUUAAAAAAUAUUAAAAAUAAAUCAAUUUUUAUAAAACUAAAAAAAGAUAUUGUAAAUUAUAAAAAUAAUUUUAUUUUAUUAGGUUAUUCGUUUUUCUCAAAAACAAUUUUAUUUUAUUGCUCAAUUCUAGGAAUAAUAAUACUUUCUCUUAUUAGUGCUUUUUUAAAACCUCCUAAUAAAUAUCCAGAUCUCUUUGCAUUAUUAAUAUCUAUGUAUUCUUGUGGACAUUUUAUUAUUUUUUACUUGUAUUUUAAUUAUAAACAAUUUGUAUAUAAAACAAAUAUAAAUUUAAAAUAAACCAAAAAGACAAUAUAA